UUAUCAUUAUAACUAAUUACAUUGAUUAGAUAAAAAAAAAAGAACUAAAAUCUAUGGUCACUGCCACUCUAAUGGCGUAGGUAGGUCCAUGUCUCCUUUCCGGUUAGCUUAGCAUCUUACGUUUAUAGUGAACCGACACAAAUCUCAUUAGUCACAAUGGUUGAUGAAUUUGAUGACUCCCAAGGAGCUGUUGGAGGUCUCCAAAUAGCUGAACUCCCAGAAAUCAAACUAUUCGGAAGAUGGAAUUGCGAGGAUGUGCAAGUGAAUGACAUUUCUCUGCAGGAUUAUAUUGCAGUUAAGGAAAAAAAUGCCAAGUAUCUUCCCCAUUCCGCUGGUAGAUACGCUGCUAAACGAUUCAGAAAGGCCCAGUGUCCCAUUGUUGAGAGAUUGACAAACUCGCUCAUGAUGCAUGGUAGAAAUAAUGGAAAAAAAUUAAUGGCUGUUAGGAUAGUCAAACACUCUUUUGAGAUUAUCCAUUUGUUAACCGGUGAAAACCCACUCCAGGUUUUGGUAUCUGCCAUCAUACACUCCGGUCCUAGAGAAGACUCUACUCGUAUUGGUAGGGCAGGUACCGUUAGGAGACAAGCUGUAGAUGUGUCUCCCUUGAGAAGAGUUAACCAAGCUUUGUGGUUACUCUGUACUGGUGCCAGAGAAGCAGCGUUCAGAAAUAUCAAAACUAUCGCUGAGUGCUUGGCUGACGAACUCAUCAACGCGGCAAAGGGAUCGUCAAACUCGUACGCUAUAAAGAAAAAGGAUGAGUUGGAGAGAGUAGCCAAAUCCAACCGUUAAAAUUUUUUUUAUGUAUGAUAAUUUAAGGAAUAAAAAAUUCUUAUUC